AGAAACAGUUACCACACUCCCAAAUCCCACUUCCAUUUCCAUUUCCGAUUGAGUCGAAUCGCCCACAAUGACUGAGCAGAACAAAACGAGCAGUGGCGAGGAGCAGAAGAAGGGGAGAACAGAGAGCAAGAAGAAAGAGAGCGCCGGCAAUGUCAGCGUCGUGCUCAAGGCCAACCUCCACUGCGAAGGCUGCGUCUCCAAGGUUUUGAAGUGCAUUCGCACUUUCGACGGUGUGGACACAGCUAGUAUCGGCGACGGACAGAUCACAGUCGUCGGAAAGAUAGAUCCGGCUAAGCUCCGGGAGAGGGUGGAGAAGAAGACUCACAAGAAGGUCGAAGUCGUUUCGCCGAAGACCAAAAACGGAGACGCUAAAGAGAAAACCGAGAAGAAAAAGGAAGAAAAAAACACGAGCAAUAAUAAAUCCGAUUCCGAAAAGUCCGAUCACAAAGAGCCUCCGGUGACAACGGCGCAGCUGAAGGUGCACCUGCACUGCGAGGGCUGCAUCCAGAAAAUUCGCAAAAUCAUAGUGAAGACCAAGGGUUACAGAGAUAUGAAGAUCGACAAGCAGAAGGAGACGGUGACGGUCACCGGAGCCCUCGACAUGAAGGCGUUAGCCGAGGUGCUGAAGAAGCAUUUGAAGAGGGAGGUGCAGAUCGUGGCGGCUAAGAAGGAGGCCGAGAAGAAAGAGAGCGAGAGUGGGAAAGGGGGCGGCGAGAAGGGAAACGGCGGAGCGAAGGCGGAGAAGAUGGAAGGGAAUAACAAAAUGCAGUUCCAAGUCGGGUACCCGCAUCCGUAUCCGUACCCGGAUCCGUUUUACAACCCGUAUGCAAACGGAUCCACCCAUGCCCCACAGCUCUUCAGCGACGAGAACCCUAAUGCUUGUAGUCUCAUGUGACUACAAAAUUUUAUUCGUGUUGAAAUUCAGAUGCAUUAUAAAAUAUUUUAUUUAUUACGGCCUAAUUUAC